AUGGGAAUACAAAACUUCUUUGCCUGGCGCGCUCAGCCAGCUGCCAAUGAACCUGCGAUUACGGAUGACGAGAUUCCAGCAGACGUCGACGAGCCACCGGAUCGUCGCGCUCCUCGAGAGCAAUCACUAUCAGGAUUUCACAAAUCCGCCGUUCGACUACAAGGCGAGCGAAACAAAUCCCUCCUCACAAAGGCCUUCCAGAAGAACCCUGAGAUGGAAGCCACCAAACCCGGAAUGCAGGUCAGCACCGACCUAACUCGUCGACGUUCGAUGAUGAGCAAUGCCAGUCUUGCCUCGACAGCUGAGCUUACGAGCGAUGGUGGUCUGACCAGUCCUGCGCGCACCAACACACCGAGCCCUCCGUUCCCGAAUACUACCUACACCAGUUUCGCACCUUAUUCCUUGGCAACGAACUCUAUACCCCCGCCAACGGCUAUAAUCGCCAGUCACAAUGUCCCAGAGAUUGCCGGUACUUCUCCCACUAAGCCUGUUGAGGAAGCACCCAAGAGGCGGACCAUCUCUUUCAUGUGUGAUGCAAAGAAGGACGCGAAGCCAAAGGCGACACUCGCAGCUGUGCCAGAGCCUCUACCUGCGACGACCAACACGGAAGCUCCACGCCGGAGAUGUACAUUUGCCUGCGCUCUUCCCAAGCCUUCGGACAAGUCAAUCAAGACCCUACCAAAAACCAAUCUGGAAUCAAAACCGUCAGAGAUUCAGAAGCGUGUUACGCCUGAAUCCCCAUCCAUCUCAAAGAAAUCUCCCCGCGUACCCACCCCCUCACGUCCGCAUCGUGACUCGUCGUCCACACCGAAAUAUAUCUCUACUGAUGAGGAUACCCUUGAAGCAUCAGAAGCUACUCGAUUCAAUGAAUUUGCAAGCGAAAAGAUACACGAGGACGAGUGGAUUCGCAAGGACGCAGAAGUCCAAAAAGCGAAGUUGACUAUCAACGACACUUUGGAGAAAGAGAACCGAAUUCGAAGGCUGGGUAACGAGGCCGAGGAGGAGGCAUUGGAGGACGAGGAAGAUGACGAUGAGGAUGGCAAUAUGUCAGAUGACGAAGGCGAUUCGGACUCCCAAGAGGAACUGGAAGAUGUCGACGACAUUGCCCAAGGAUCCGACUUUGAAGCCUCAGACGGAAAUGAGACAGAUAAUGAAGCUGGCUUUGCUGAAUCAGAUGACGAGAGUGACGCCGAGGGAGAUUUCGCAUUCUGGACUCCCGGGAAGAAAAUUCGCAACCGAGCCAUUGGCGAAGCCAGCACUUAUAGAGCAUCUGCUCACAGGGCUGCAUCAGCUUCAUCCAUAGAUUCGCUGAAUCAUAUGGAGCCGCCGAGAGAGGAGAGACGACUGCGGCGCCGCCCAAUCAAGAUUCGUCCUGGCACCCCUGAUCUUCCGGAUAGUACCGACUUCGUCUGUGGUACUCUUGACGAAGACCGUCCUCUCGAGGUUGCCUAUGUCUCCUGCAUGGAGGCCAGGAAAAACGCCAAGCACAAGCAAACACCGCAAGAUAUUGACCCCAGCUUUCCAACCUCGGACCCCGAAGACGAGGAGGACGAACGUGAUCAGGUUGAAGCUGCCCACGACAGUGAUGAGCAUGUCUGGCUUCAUGGCAAGUUCGAGGAGUCAGACGAAGAGCCACAUCAAGGUCGCCGUCGUUCUAUCGCAACUCAUCGCAAAUCACCUGGCCAUUCUCCAAGAAGACUUCAUUCGCCCCCUCCACCAAGGAGAAUGCACUCUCCUCCCCCGCCAAAGCAACGGCUUCGCUCACCUCCACCUCGCAAGCUUUUCGGUCACUCUCCAAGACGUAUGUAUUCUCCUCCACCAGCGAGAACCAUCCGCUCCCCACCUGGCUCGCCGACAACCCAGGGAGUCAGCCAUGCUAUUGCCUUUGCGCCGCUAGGGUCCCGACCAGGUCUCACUCACACAAAGUCUCUACCCCGCACCCCCAAUGCCUUUUGCCGCCAAUAUCAAGCCUCCCGUCUCGAUGCUGCCACAGGCAAUGGUCUCGACGACAAUGAUGGUCCCACUCGCGGUGCUAUCGACAUCGUCAAGGGCCUCGAGCAGAAGCGUCAACGCCGCAAGGAGAAAUUCUAUCAAAAGCAUUGCAAUCGCAAAAACAAGCAGGGGGAGCGUCCAAAACCUCAACCUGGCAAAGGAGCCGAGCGAAUGCGGGAGCUUGGCUUGCUGAUGGCCGGCAAGACCAUCGGAGCACAAGACCCAUACAUGAUGUCUGCCUAG